GAUAACAAUGUUUCUACGGCGGUUCUAGCAUAUCCUAGCCAUAUUGUACAUCGAACGCCCUUAAACUUAGAGAGAAAAAAGAGCCAAAGCGGAACAAAAAAACGCAAAACAAAAACAAAAAGUUACAAGAAACUUUCACUAAAAAAGAAUACACUCAAGGACAGUAACGUAAUUGGAACUAUUUUAAGUUUUAGUGAGCCACUAAUCAUAAAAGACUCUCAGACUGGUUUGGAUGUAUGCAAAGAAGUUCCUUUUAUAGCAAAAAGAACUAAACAGAACAAGCACAAACAAGUUGUGCCUGAAACCAUGGUUUACGUGGGUAAACUUCCAAACACGACCUAUAAUGUAUUUUUUUCCCCAGAAAAUACUCAAUCUUAUCAGGGUGAUAAAUAUAGUGUUGGCAAGAAAAGUGAGCCCAGUGAUCAAAGUGUUCGCAGUGAUAUGAAGAGCGUGAAAAUGGCCGAGAGUGAAAAGCUACACGCUCUAGGAGCUCUGGGGCCCAAGGGGAUUUUGAUUUUUGUUAAUAAGAAAACUGAGUUGAAUAGAAAUCCUUUCGAUGGAAAUGUAAGGUAUGCAGACGAAGAAGAUUACUAUGACCAUAAGCACAAAAGCAGACCAGAUGAUUCAAAAUCAAUUAAGUCUUGGAAAACCUACAACGAAGAUGAAGAAGACAAAAAAAGUAGUAAGCGAAAAAGCAGAUCAGAUGACACAAAGUCCAAAAAGUCGCGAAAAUCCUAUGACGAAGAUGACGAAAAGCGUAGUAAAAGCAAAAGCAGAUCAUUUGAUACCAAGUCCAAAAAGUCUGGGAAGUCAGAGCAAGGUUCGGAUCUUGAUGUCACAAGUUUUCGAGAUCCGAAACAUCAGCUUUCAUCUCAUGAUGGCGUCGUCAUUGAGAGAUCACCAAGUGGUUUAAAAACGACCAAGAAAUACCCUUGUGGCUGUAUAAAAAUAACCAGAAUUGAUCCUGAAAAAGAAACUGUAACUGAAGAAAUAACAUCUGCAUUCUGCCGAGACGGAAGUAACUGUGAGAUCAGCCAGUCACAAAAGGGCGAACGGCUGAUAAGAUAUGUAGAUGAUGGCUCUGGGUCUGGGAGAAGAAGAACUAAAAGUGGCCGAAUGCCGGAAUCUCCUCAACUUGACAUUGUAGUUGAAGGACUGGUGAGCAGAAAACCAAUCAAACCACAGGCUCCAGCUCAGAAAAUGAAAGGAGCAAACCUAACAGGGACUUUGACUGUCAAAACCAACAGAUGCAAUGGAGUGUUGAACCUGUACAUUGAUCCAAGGCUGAGGAAGUGUAUUCGAGAUAAUUUAGCAUGCAUGAUGAACAACACACAUGAUAGAUAUAGAAGGCAUUCGUGAUAGAGGUGUCGGAGCCUGAUGCAAAACGAUUUUUAUUAAAUCAGAAGAUUGUAUUUAACUGUUUAGUUAAAAAUAUGAUAGCACUCAACAAAACAAAAUAAAAUAAUAAAAACAACGGAUACAAGUGUAACGUAAUGUUAUGAAGAAACUAAGACGUUAGGUUUUCAUACAUUCAAAAAGAAGAAAAUAAACAAAAAUAAUAAAAAUUAAAAAUAAACAAUUUGAUCUAAACAAUUUUGUUACAUGCAUAUUAACUACAAAUAGAACAUUGCAUAGAACCGCACUAAGGAUCUAACAGGAGUAACACUGGAAACAAAGAUAAGUAAGUUUUGCUUUCCUUAAAAGUCUAGACUCAAGACUAAUAAUUGAGAUUUGGCUUUUAAUAGUAAAACAUCUUGCAAAGAAUAUAAUCAAGGUUGGUAUCGUAAAAUACCCAAAGAGCCUCAAAGGAUAUUUACAAAUGAAAUAGCUUGAUUUAAUAUUCCCAUUAGUCUGCAAGUACAUAAUACACCAGUAUGUCUGAGGAAGACGGUCCAUUGUUCAAGGACAUGAUAUUGGAGAUAUCAGGAGAAGGGAGGGUGGACAGGACGAUGGUGGAGGAGGCACGACCCAUGUCACGGAGAGAGAGAGACCGAGGGGACGGUGAGAGAGCAGUGGCUCGGAGGCCUCGGUGUAUCUGCAGGGAAGAGGACAAAUCCGACCUAGACUGUCCGAAGCAUGGUAAGUGUAUGUGCAUCAAUAAAAUUGACCGGAGAUGUCCACAUCACGGGGAGUGCAUCUGUACACAGGACAAACAGGACAAGUUCUGUCCCGAACAUGGCAAGUGUCUGUGUAAAGCGUUGGACAAGUACGACCGUGAUUGUGUCAAACACGGUAAAUGCACUUGCGGAGAAAAACAUCCUGCUCACAACUGUCCCGAGCAUGGAAAAUGCUGUUGCAGCAAUGGCAAACCAAGCCCUAAGUGCAGCAAACACGGUAGAUGUGGAUGUGGAGACUUCGACAAGUCAGACCCAGACUGUCCUCGGCACGGUAGAUGUAUGUGUACCGGAGUGAAGAGGCCAAACCAGCGAUGUCCGUGGCACGGCAAGUGCAUCUGCCCGGCGAGAGGAAGACAUCCUAAAUGUCCUGAACACGGGAGAUGCGCUUGUAAAGACUUGAACAAGUAUCACACGAGGUGUGUCAAACACGGGAAAUGUAGGUGUAAAAACACUAGGAAGCCAGAAGUUACUUGUCCAGAGCACGGAAAAUGUCUUUGCAAAGGAGUCUACGAACCUACUUGUCCGAAACAUGGAGAGUGUCGCUGUAUAAGUCCAAGAUGUCCUAUUCACGGAGAGUGCAUGUGUCCUGACGAACGCCAUCCUGACCCCGAGUGUCCGGUGCAUGGAUACGAAGAGGCCAGAGAGACGGCUAAAAGAGAAGGGAGGGAAGAAGAGCCAAAGACUGAGAGACCUUCGUUUUUAGCUGCAGAUGAUGAAGGGCCGUGUACUUGUCCAUCUAAAGGUGUGAUGGAUCCUUAUUGUCCUGAACACGGAAGUCAUAAAACUAACGGAACAAAACGUGUUUCCUUCAAUGAUAAGCCCUGCUCCUGUCCUUCGUCAAAGGAACGCGAUCCGUACUGUCCACAACAUGGGAGGUACAAGCGGAAACACCACCCUGGGCAUACUGGAGACCCUUGUACUUGUCCAGAAGGGAAUUUAGAUCCAUACUGUCCUGAACACGGCAAUUACUGCGGCGAUGGUUCUAAGAGGCCAAAGAGAUAUGACGGACUUGUGUGCACUUGUGACCCCUGGUGUCCCAUACAUGGAAAAAGAUCAGGAGCGUCUCGAAAGGCACCGGAAGACUAUGGGGAGAACUGUACAUGUCCAGCAAGCGAUGUAAAAGAUCCUUUCUGCCCUGAUCAUGGAGAGUACUACAAAACUGGUAGAAAAAUACCUGGGUCUUAUGGGAACUUGUGUACUUGUCCAAGCACGAGUGCGCUUGACCCUUACUGUAGAGAACACGGAAUUUACAAAAUUAGUCCUAAGAAAAGAUCUAAAAUGCCCGGAAUAUGCUCUUGCCCAAAAGGGAAGCACGAUCCAUACUGUCCUGAUCACGGGCAUUAUGUCGGGUGUUCAUUGCAGAGGUUCAGUGACGCUCACAAGACAGACCCGAAGUGUCCGAAACACGGUACGAUGAGAAAACACAAGGCAGGAGAGAAAAGAGAGUGCACUUGCCAUGGCAGAAAACCAGCCAUGUUUAAGAAAGGAAUAUGCAAAACAAUAUGCGAAUUGUCUCCGUGCUGCAGGUGCCUUUGCGAAGCUAUAUGUUGUAGAUCAGCCUGUUGCAAGGCGUGCUUAGGGUCAGACCACAGCGGCUUUGUUGAGAAAAAUGGAAAAUCAACAGCCGAAAGGAAAAAGAAAGGAAUAUGUAUACUUAGUAAAUCUUCGUUGAAAGAUAAAACGACUUCAGCAGACAAAGAGGCUACAAAGUUCAAAGGGAAACACCACAAGAAGAAAGAAGACCCUUGCUGUCAAGGAACUGUUGAGCUAUGUACACCUCAUAAAUACAAGAAAUGUGGUUUCUCAUUCGACGUUACUUAUAAUAAGAACUGACCCCAAAUUACUUGUAUGGAAUAAAUAAGUUUCAAAUGUUAUGUAAUCUUGCAAUGAAUUUGUGGCAAAUGACAUUUAAUUUACAAAGUAUAAAGAUUUAAU